AUGGGGCACAGACAUCCCCUGUCACCCGAGGCAGGCCCUGUGACUCGCAGCUCCCACCAGAGCCCUGUGUGGAAGGAGUUUCCCCAAGAUUGUCCUGUUCCCAGAAAGAAGGGAUGGGGCAGAGAAGACCAGCAGAAAGUCUGUGAGACAAAAUCCGCAGGCCCUACCAGGUGCCUUCUCCCCUCUGAGGAUGAGCACAGUGCGGUCUUCCCGGGCAUCAGCUGCCUCCUUGCUGUAAAUGGGGACAUGACCAUCAGUCGCUGUGAGUUGGCCAAGAUACUGCACAAGGAAGAUUUGGAUGGGUUUGAAGGCUACUCCUUGAGCGACUGGCUGUGCCUGGCUUUCAUGGAAAGCAACUUCAACAUUUCAAAGGAACAUGAAAAUUCAGAUGGCAGCUUUGAUUAUGGCAUCUUCCAGAUCAACAGCCAUUACUGGUAUAAUGCCUACCAGAGUCACCCGGAAAACUUCUGCCACGUGGACUGUCGAGGCCUGGCUAGGGUCCCAGGGUGGGAGGGGACACCAGGCUCUUCUCCCACAACUUCGCUUCCAACCCACAUCCUGGGCAUGCCCUCCUGGGGCUAUUCAAAGAGUCAGGGAAUCCCUUAA